GAGGAGGAGCUGUGGAGGUGGGGGGUGGGCAGCAGUGGUCACACAACACCUUGCAGUCGGGCUGGGUCUGUGCGGAGCCCCGGGAUGUUCCCCAGCCCAUUGUUCCCAAGAGCCAAUGAAUAAAAUCAGGGGCCUCCCUCCUGAGGUCAGGGAACCAGGCCCUGGAGUGGAACUUGGGGUGGAAGAUGGCCUUCUUUGUCAACUGAUUCAUUCUCCAGAAUUCAACUUGUUCUCCCACUCUGCGGUGUUUGAAAGCAACUUUAUCCAGGUCACUAAGUCCGGGAACUGGAUGAAUGUCUCUGAAGGUUCGACCACCACCGUGAUCCUUGGGGUAACCUCCUCAGUGCCCUCCUUGCCACUCCCCAACAUCCUCCUGAUGGCCAACGUCACCUGGCCCCAGGGUCAGUUUUCCACCUGCAACACACCUGGCUGUGCUCCUGUCAUCACCCUCAGCAGGAUUCUCCCCCUGAAGUUUGUGGAGCUACAAAUCUGUGACCCGCUCCAACGCAUCCUGCGGAUUAGGACAGUGACUGAAAAGAUCUACUACAUGAGGCUCCACGAAAAACACCCGGAGACUGUGUUUCAGUUCUGGAUCCGCUUGGUGAAAAUUCUGCAGAAAGGUCUGUCCAUCACCACCAAAGACCCGAGAAUCCAGUUCACUCACUGCCUGGUGCCUCAGAUGCCCUGCAGCUCCACUGAAAUAACACCUGAAAGCAGCCUCCUGUCACCCUCCCAGCCCAGCGAAAACUUCCUGCUGUGGAGAGCCGAGCAGACGAGCGACAUUUUCUCACAUUUCCCAGGAAGAGUCCAUCUCACAGAAGACAGAACACAGGCCACUAAAAUCAAGGAUUCCAAGAGCUACAGCAAGACACCCUUGCCGGCGGCAUCUUCAGCCAAGUUGAAUGUACCUAUGAGAGCCGUUUUGGGUCACAGCCUCUGGGAACAAGAGAAUCCAGAGUCCUUACCGCGGGCUCCUGUAGCCAGUUCUCUAGGAGAGAACUUAUUGGGACCCUGACACCUACCCGAACAGGGCGAUCUUCCUGGCUUUAGUCGGUGCACUGGCUACAGCCUCCAUCAUGCUGUUUUCCCACUGUGGGCCAAGUGACCAUGGGAGAAUAAGAUGGGGUUUAAAACAAGGUGCUUCUAUACUUCCACCAAUAAACCUCCAAGUGGACCCCUAA